AGCACGGUGAGAAGUGGUGUGUGUGCGUGUGUGUGCGCGGGUACUGCAGGCCCUGUGCUGUGACGUCAGAGCCAUAUCGAGCGUCCACCGUCGGCCGUGCCGUGGCUAGAGAGCGGGCAUGGGUGAUGGGCAUGAUGCGGCGCCGGGACGGGUCGGCAGCUCGUGAGUCCGGUGCGGGGCCACGGCAGGCCCUCAGCACUCCCGGCCCCAGCCUAGGCCACCAACAACCAGCAUGGUGCUCCCCAAAGAAUGAAGAAGCAAAACGUCCGGACCUUGUCCUUGAUAGUCUGCACAUUUACGUAUCUACUUGUUGGAGCAGCUGUUUUUGACGCGUUAGAGUCAGAGACGGAAAAACGCCGGUUUGAAGCUUUAGAAGCAAUCGAAAAGAUGAUUAUCAAGAAAUAUAACAUAUCCCCAGACGACUUCCGAGUGAUGGAAACCGUAGUCCUGAAGGCGGAGCCACACAAGGCUGGCCAGCAGUGGAAGUUCGCCGGUGCCUUCUACUAUGCCACAACCGUGCUUACUACUAUAGGAUAUGGACACUCCACGCCCAACACGGUGGGGGGCAAGCUGUUCACGAUGUGCUACGCCAUCGUGGGGAUCCCCCUGGGCCUGGUGAUGUUCCAGAGUAUCGGAGAGCGACUCAACAAGUUCUCCUCUGUGGUGAUCCGCAACGUGAAGCGAUUGCUGCGGUGCAAGAACGUGGAGGCCUCGGAGAUCAACCUCAUCUGUGUUGUGAUGACGCUGAGCAGCCUGACGAUAGCCGGGGGCGCAGCGGCCUUCAGCAGAUACGAGGGCUGGACUUACUUUGACUCUGUGUAUUACUGUUUCAUCACACUCACGACCAUAGGGUUCGGUGAUAUGGUCGCUUUGCAAAAAGACAAUGCACUGGACAAAAAGCCGGAGUACGUGGCCUUUGCGCUGAUUUUUAUUCUUUUCGGGUUGGCCAUCGUGGCCGCGUCGCUCAAUCUGCUCGUGUUGCGAUUCGUCACCAUGAACACGGAGGAUGAGAGGCGGGACGAGGCUGAGGCUCUGCAGGCGGCGCAAGGAGCGGUGCGGCUGGAAGGAGACGUGAUCACCGCCAACGGCUCCAUCCUCAGCGGCCAACUGGGGGAGUCGAGUUCGCUGGAGGACACCGCGUCAGUGUGCAGUUGCAGUUGCGGCUGGCAGGGGCGACAACACCAUUACUCCGUGCGGCGGUCCUCGACGCGAGCGACGGUCGCCCAACAACACCUGCUCCCUCUGGCCCCCCUGCAGCCCCCCGCGGUCCGUCACCCCCACCGCUCGUCCAUCUGACUGUACAUAGACCAUCACUCACACUACAACUACCGAACUUCACGUCGUUCCAGUCCCGCAAACAGAAUGAAUGAACUUUUUUAAAAUAAUAAUUAAUAAUAACUAACGAUAACUAAUAAUAAUAUUUUUGACGCUUUAUACUAUUAUAUUCUAAUAUGUUGGUUGAUCUUUUUUCGAGCGUACGCGUUUAGUUGGACGACCCGACGAGAUGGCGCUAGUUCGCGGCGCUACGUUGACGUAGUGUACGCCCGGUGACCAGAGUGUUCGCGCGGUACCGCCAGUCAGGUGCGAUGGUGUAUGUUAUGGUGUCUCUCCGUCCAUAUUCUGGCUCAACAUCGGACGAAUAGUCAGACCGUUUUUUAUUAAGGACCAAUAAAAAGACAAUAGGUUUAUUUUUCCAAUAAAAUAAACUUAAGAAAAGGUUGUGAAACGUAGAUUGUGACGAAGUAGGCUGUUCUGUUGCUUUACAGUGUUUUCGAUCGGUAUUAUUUAAGACAGUGUUCUGUUGUAAUAUUUGUACGAUGAUAAUAUGCUUAUUUGAUCUGUUACAUAUAAACUGUAGAAUCCACAGUACGCCGUAAGUGGCGUAAGGUUGAUUGGGCCUUAGCAGAUAAAAAUGACUAGUUCAGACCUUUAGUUUAGAUUUUAGAAUACAUCCCGAUAUUAUUUUCCGAUUUAUUUACAUGAAAAUAAAGCGAAAUCCGUAACUUUUUAAAAACCAUAAUACACAAUGGCAACCAUAUAACCCCCAGAGAAUGCCAUGGUUGUUGCGUUUCUGUGUUUAAUACUGAAGUGUUGCACAAUUAAUUCUACUCAUAUGAUUUACCUAAUUAGAGACAUUCGAGUUGCUGACUUAUGAAACUAACCGUGCAAAAUUUUAAUUGGGUAAUUUAAUAAACAAAAUGUAAAUAUUACAAUCAUAGCAUUUAAUAAGAAUAUUUUAAGAAAAUAACUAAAUUAUGUGAAUUUAUGUUUGUAUUUUUAGAACUAAUGAAAACACUCGAAUCUGAUUUGUUAUUAUUUAAAUUGGUCACUCGUAAAAUGUUGACAAAAUAAAUAGUGUGAGUUGUGUGAUGAAUAGAGACUUCUCGGAAUCAGAAGACCGAAACGGAACCGGAAGUAUUGCGUUGAGUGGUGAGGCAGCGUAGGUACCAUAGCAUGCACUGUCUGCCGUAUCCCUGCACAACCCAGGCAAUAUGAUAGGCCUUAAUGCUUAGUGUAUAUAUUUUAUUUACGUACUAUAGUUUGUCAUUUCAAUCGCUGACUCGUAACAGCGAGCCGGUUCAGUUCUUAAUAUUAUUCAUAAUGAAUAACACAGACCUAAAUCAAACCGUGUAAAUACGAUGUACAAAUUGCAAAUAUUACAAAAAUGUGAAUUCUAUUUUGUUAACAUAUGAAAUGUUUGUUGUUGAAAGAUUUUUAUUGUGAACGAGAUGUUUAGUUCUAUAUUGUGUGCUGGAAUCUACGGCAAACGUUCCAUAGUCGCCAAUGUUAUUGUCACUGUCACUUACUAGAACUUUCUAAACAAAGCUAUCGGAGGACCAGAGAAUACUCAAUUUUUCUACAAGAAAAGUGCAAAUAAUUUAGGUUUUACCGCUUUAGGUGUUACUAGCUGUCGGUUAGGUCGGUGUUCCUGGACUGACUUGGUUGUAAAAAGGUUGCCUUUUGCAUCGAUAUGUACCAGCUUCUUUAUCAUACGGUACUGUACUUCCUCCAUUACUCUAAGUUCUCACGGUGCGUCGAUCUUCCAUUGAACGCCACGGGUUGGUCCUCACAGGAAUAACCUGGAGUCUGGACUUACCACAUUUGGACUUCCAUUUGUUAUUCUUCCAACAACCGUCAGGCCUUCCAAUAAUAAUGUUUUACGUUAAAAAGGGCCAAACGAGUUCUUCCAUUAGUAAAUACAAAUGUUGCCAACAUUGGAACUCAUUUUUAAAGUGUUGUAAAGUAGAAAAUACGAUGUUUGUUGAAUCCUCAAUGUCACCAUGGUAAGACUUUCCAUUAGCCCAUUACUUAUCUAAGUAUCUACAAAGAUAAGAAACAAAAUUGGACGUAAUGCUCAAAUUUGUUGAUGAAAUUUAUUAAUUUAGUUUCGUGACCAGUAUCAAAAAAUAUUUAGUUUGAAUUAAUCCAACUAUUUCAUCAUUUAUAAUACAACUACAGUAAAUAAAAGAACGCCACGUUCCAUGUACUGGUUUGGCAUACUUAUACGUAAUGGAGUAAGAUAUGUCCAGCCAUGUUUGUAUGUGUGUGUAUGAUUCAUGUAAGUGUCGUAUUUUUCUAGUCAAACCCGACAUUCACUUGUGAUUGUUUUACUUUCUCAAUGAAGAAAUUGCAAUACUCAUUAUAUUUAUAUUUAUCAUUCUUCUUAAAUGAAGCCUACUCUUCAAUCCAACAAUCAACAUUAUAUUACAGUGCAUAUUUUAUCCAGGACUGUUAUUUUACGACCUUGCCAUAGAUUGAAAAUCUGUGUAAUAAUACUGCUACACGGGGUAAAAAUAGCUGUUCUGAAAACAAUAGUUCAACUGUUUCCAACUCUUGUUAUCCUAAAUAUAGUAUUACUAAACUAUUUAUUACUAGUUUUUUUUAUAAAUAUUAUGUAUAAGUAUACAGUAGUAUAAUACACGAAUGUUGUGUCACACACGAUUAUGCGCCUUGCUUAGGUUUCCAUUUAAGGCUAGAGUUUGACCAUAAACUCAUUUCAAGAUGCUCUUCCUCCGCAACGAGGGCGAGACACCCUUCUGUGGCUCGAUUCCCGCAAGAGCCACAAAGAGUUCAAAGUACUCUGCAGACCCUUAAGAGGUUAAUGUUACAGUUAACAUUACGUCGAAAGUUAUUUUUGCGUUUAUUCCUACUUUUAUAUCCAUUUAAUACAUGCUUGGAAAAACAACAAGCUCUUACGCUUAUUUUUCUAUUAUUUUAUUGUUAUAAGAAAUUCAAACCCAAAAAUUUAGAGUAAAAUGUGAUAUAUAGUUCAAAACUCAAACUGAACUCAAUUUUAUAUGCGAUCACGACCGUUAAUCUUC